CCCCCAACGCGUCGUCGCAUCUCGCAGGGCUCGUGCUAUUGCUUUAAUGUCGCCGUAAUUGAGCUCUCGCAUAGCACCACCUUGCUGCCUUCACCGAUAGCUCUUCUGUCUCCCUUUCGUCGCGACAGCGAUGUUCUACUCCGAGACCUUGCUGCAGAAGACGGGGCCUCUGGCCCGAGUCUGGCUGUCGGCGAAUCUCGAGCGCAAGCUUUCCAAAACCCAUAUUUUACAGUCCAAUCUCCCCGACAGCGUCGAUGCCAUCAUCACCCCGAAUCAGGCGCCCAUGGCGCUCCGGCUCAGCGGACAGCUUCUACUAGGUGUCGUCAGAAUCUACAGCCGGAAAGCCCGUUAUCUUCUCGACGACUGUAACGAGGCUUUGCUCAAGAUCAAGAUGGCUUUUCGCUCGACAGGAAACAAUGAUAUCCCAGAGAAUCUUAACAUGCCAAAUCGGGAGGCCUUGAUGCUUCCCGAUCAGAUUACCCCCGCCGAUAACCUCAACAUCUUACCACCUCCAGAUGCCAACUGGCUGCUCGGUCAGAUGGAGGACAUCAGUGCCACUCCGAAUAGCUCAACUACUCGGGGCAGAGGCCGACCCAGCAACCGCGAUAUCAACUUGCAAGAGGAUUUCAACAACAGCCAAUUUUUGCAUGACGAUAACAUGGACGAGGAUGAGGUGGCACUUGCUCCCAUGGACGACUUGGAGCUGGAUUUGGAUUUCGGUAUGGAUAUCGAUGAGCGUCCGAAGAUGGACAAGAGCAUCGAGAUGGGUCGAGACGCACCUGCUGCUCGGUCUAUCGAGGACGAUAUAUUUAGUGAGCUCGACAUCGCGCCGCGGGCGAAAGGUGCCGAACGCGAACCGUCGCUUAACCUUGACCUCGGCGACGACGGUGUCAGGAUCGCCGAUGGUGAUGGCGACAUUCCGAUGGACGACGAUUUCCAUUUUGACAUUGGCGAGCAAUCAGUCGUACCCGAGAUGGGCGGUGUCCCCGCUAUCGAUCGUGCUCGUAUCUCGGAGUCACCGCUGUCCGACAUUGAUGAGAAUUUAGCACGUGACGUCGAGGAAUGGACGCGCCUAAAUAAUACCAGCAUCUACGAACCCGGACACGAGCCCGAGGAACUCGAGCCCCUACCUCAGAAGAAGUCGAAGAAGCGUAAAGUCUUCGGGUUAGACCCUGCUACUCAGCUGACGAGCUCACACAUCAAGGAGCAACAGCAGAACCACGAAAAUAUCUUGAAGGUGCCCAGCUUCGUCUCGCGAGACCCGUACUUUUUGGCUCUCAUCGAGUUGAGAAGUACUGGCAGUUUCGCCAACAGUAUUAUGGGCGAUGGCCGUAGUAAGGCUUGGGCGCCGGAGCUGAGAGGACUGCUCUCUCUCGAUAGCGUAAGACCUGUUAAUGAUCUGAAGCGGAAGAGGGAUAGCGGGGUCGCCGACCUCGGUAGUGAUGAAGAGCAAGGAGUGUCUAAAUCUCCCCGUUUAGACAUUGGCGAAGAUGAUGAAGGCCUAGUUGUGCCUGACGGAGGCUUUGGUGAUCGCAGCGUCGCUCCCGACGGCACCAUACUCGAGAUUCCCGCAGAUGACACGGGUGUCCAACAUGAUGACGACGACCACCACGCUCGUGAAGGGAGCCCGAACCCGGAAUUCGACGAGACCACUGCCCCACUAGUGCACCCGGCCGACAGCGGCCCCGUUUCACUGGGUACGAAGCACGCUGUCCACGUGCUCAGAGAUUUAUUUGGCUCCGAAGCCGCUACUAAUGAAGAGAAGCGGAAAAAGUCUGUGGUUUUCCAAGAACUUCUUCCCGAGGGGAGAACAUCGAAAGCAGAUGCGACUAAGAUGUUCUUUGAGUGCUUGGUACUUGCGACUAAGGAUGCCAUCAAGGUUGAGCAAAAGGAGGCAUCCCUUGGGGGCCCUAUCCGAGUCAGGGGGAAACGCGGUCUCUGGGGGGCUUGGGCAGAAGCUGGCGGAGAAACGAACGAUCAGGACGAGGAGCAAGCAACCCAGCCCGAGCCCGCCAUUGCGACAUCCUCUCGAGCCGUGGCAGCGGCGGCAUAAACAGUUGUCGGAGAAAUAAAAGAAAAAAGGGGAGAAAAGAACAAAAAAAGAGCACUAGGGGUUGCAAUCGUGAGACCAGGCCAUAGUUCAUGUACAAACUUCUCUGCACUUGUUGGGAUAUGCCCGUUGAUUCUCAUACGGUCUGGUGGCGUCACGGCGUACAGGGGUUUACCAGGAGGCAGGGAGAUACCAAUAGUAG